AAUUAAUUUACAUUCCGUUACACAAAGAACCGUUUUCCCCUCUUUUUCUUUCUUUCUUCAUCUCUUAAACCUCCCAAUCCACCAGACGAGAGAGAGAGAGUUAAUGUACAAUGUCCAAGCCGCCGACGACGAUACGGCCGGAAGAUUACGCCCAUAGUCCGGUCCACUACGCCGUCGCAGUUGCAGAUCACAGUUCCCUGAAACGCCUAGUCUCUUCGGUAGACCGGCUAGGUGACCCGAACCGAAUUCAUACCGAAUCUGACUCGCUCGCUCAGGAACGACUCGCUGAGCAAAUCGGCGCCGUACUCGACCGCCGCGACAAUCUCAACCGCGAGACUCCUCUGCAUCUGGCGGUCCGCCUCAACGAUGCAUUCGCUGCUCAAACUCUUGCCGUUGCAGGAGCAGAUAUUUCUCUCCAGAAUGCUGCUGGCUGGAAUCCUCUGCAGGAGGCCAUUGUGCGGCGGUGCUCGGACAUCGUGGCGACGCUUGUGCAGCAUCACCACCUCAGUGCCUGGUGCAAAUGGCGCCGCCGCCUCCCCCGGCUUGUAGCCGCUCUCCAGAGGAUGCGCGAUUUCUAUAUGGAGAUUUCCUUCCACUUUGAGAGCUCCAUUGUUCCAUUCGUCGGGAAAAUGGCUCCUUCGGAUACGUAUAAGAUCUGGAAGCGGGACGGCAAUCUCAGAGCCGACACAUCAUUAGCGGGAUAUGACGGUUUGAAAAUUCAGCGGGCCAAUCAGAGCUUCCUUUUCUUCGGGGAUGGACCUGACGGUGAGACCAAAUCUGACAUUCCUGUCGGUUCACUUCUGGUACUCAACCACGAUGACCGGAAAAUCUACGAUGCAUUUGAAAACGCCGGAAGUCCUUUAACUGACGGCGAUGUAGCCAAUGUUUGUAGCCAAACAAGCAUAUAUCGGCCCGGAAUGGACGUGACGAAUGCCACGCUAGUUGGGCGUACGAAUUGGAGAGGUCAGGGGAAAACAGAGAACGUCGGAGAAUGGAAAGCUAGAGUUUACGAAGUGAACAAUGUGUCUUUUAGCUUCCGGUCUCGCAAAGCCACCGGGGGAGAAGCCGGAAGCGAGCAAGUAUUACCCCUAGACUUGGAGAUUGAAGAGGAUGCGGAAGAUGGCUUCCUCGUAGCGGAGAAUCCGCGAUUCAGCACCUCCGUGGACGCCCCCAGCGGACAGAGACGCCAUAGCAGCUUUGUUCAUGAGGACAGAGAGCAAAUUACUGUUUCGAGAAAGAGUGUGGAUAUUAUUCCAGCGCCGCGGCGAAGAUCGGCGGCUAUCCCGGUUCCGCCGCCUCCGCAGACGAAGGAGAAGGAAUUUGUUAAAAAUCUGAAACCGUCAGUUUGGUUGACAGAGCAAUUCCCGUUAAGCACGGAGGAGCUGCUGCCACUACUCGACAUUCUAGCGAACAAAAUGAAGGCCGUUAGGCGAUUGAGGGAGCUGUUGACGACCAAAUUUCCUCCGGGAACUUUUCCGGUAAAGGUGGCGAUUCCUGUGGUCCCUACUGUGAGGGUGGUAAUAACCUUCACCAAAUUUGUUGAGCUACAGCCUAUUGAUCAGUUUUUCACGCCAUUUUCAAGCCCGAGAGAUCUUGUCCAGCCAGGGGACGAAAGCAUGGAGAGCCGAGCUGGCCGGGUGGGUAGGGGCGGAAGUCGAGCGGGAUCAACAAGCCGUUUGCAGCCAAGCUGUAAUGGACAGCAAGCAGAUCCAUUCGCCAUCCCAGCUGGGUAUAGUUGGAGCAGCUUUGAUGAGAAUAAGAACACGAAGACGAAGAAAAGUAGGUCUUCUAGGAGAACCAAGUGAAAUUCAAAGGCAAGACAUUCAACAAUGGGGUUUUAUGCAUCAAUUCUGUGCACACUAUAAUGAGUUUUCGAUGUUGUCCUAGCUUGUAUGGAGAUAAUAUGAAUGUAGAGUGUAGAUACCAAGGCGAAAAAGCAAAAGAAAAUCUGCAUUGAUUAGUUUUCGUGCAUUUAAUUAGAGUUCAUUGUUUCACCAAAGCCCGAAUUAGAAAUCAUUUUAGUUGCUUACAUAGACGCAGUUAUUUGUUUAUUUCUAGUCCAAUUAUUAAUAUGAAAUCUAUGUUCAUUUCCCUCAUAUUUCAUUGAAUCUAUGUU